AUGCUGCUGCCGCGAAAGAACAGCAAGAUCGUGGCGAUUGAUGCAAAAGCAUGCCGCAGAGGCAACCCUCUACGGUAUGUGAAUGGAGCAAGGACUGCUGCACAGAGGCGCAGCAUCAAUACCAAGCUGGUUUGGCGCAGAAAGCAAGUACAUUUUGUGACAACGAAGCGCGUACCAGCGAACAGCGAGUUCAUAGUCGACUAUGGUGCCGGCUAUUGGCGGGGUUGGGCGCACAAUCGGCGCGUGGACGAACUUCAAGCAGACAUCCGCGAGGCGCGACGGCGCCUCGCCAGCACAGGGCCAACCACCAGCAGCAGAAGGCGCCUUGCAGAGGCCAAGGAGGCGCUGGAGGCGUUUCUGGAGGAUUCGGAGUAG